GUUGUGCCGAUGGUUCCUUUUAUAUUCAUAAUUAAUUAAUAAAUAUAUAAGUGUUUGGAUUUUGGAAUAUAGUUUUGAAAUAAAUUCUAACAACGGUCAAGAGAAAUAACAGAAGAAAAGCAUGGUCGUGAAAUCCUCAGUCGGGAGCUGGAAGAAGCUUCAGUUGAAAAAGAAAUGGAGAAUGUACACCACAGCCAAUCGUCUCUCCAAGAUAGUCUCCACGAACAAGAUCAUAACCCAUCAUAUAAACCGAGGUCAAAUUGAUUUCGCCCGCCAACUGUUCGACGAAAUGCGUGAACGAACAGUUGUAUCAUGGAACACUAUGAUUUCUGGAUAUUCCAUCUCCAAGAGACUCGACGAUGCUCUACAUACUGUCUCGUUAAUGCACCGAUCCACUUUCAAACUCAACGAAACAACAAUCUCCUCUGUUCUUAGCAUCUGCGCUAGGUCACAAUCGAUACGUGAAGGUAAACAGAUCCAUGGUCUUCUUCUUAGAUCUGGAUUCGAGAGAUUCAAGUUCGUAGGUAGUGGAUUGUUAUUUCUUUAUGCUAACUGCUUCAAGAUAGAAGAAGCGUGCAGGGUGUUUGAUUCGUUGCAUGAAGAGAAUGAAUUGUUAUGGAAUCUGAUGCUUGUUGGGUAUGUUCAUUGUAAUCUAAUGUCUGAUGCGUUUAAUCUUUUUGCUAGAAUGCCAACCCAUAAUGUAGUUUCAUGGACGACGUUGAUUUCAGGUUAUUCAAAGUCCCAUGACGAUGAUUGCUACAAAGCUUUGCAGUUCUUUCGUUUGAUGACAGUAACUGGAGAAGUCUUACCAAAUGAAUUCACCUUCCAUUCUGUAUUAACAACUUGUGGUAAAAUCGGAGCUCUGCUUGUAGGAAGAACAGUGCAUGGAUCAAUCGUCAAGUUUGGGCUCGAAAACGAUUCCUCAAUUGGCGACGCACUCAUCGAUUUAUACUGUAACUGUGAAUCAAUCGAUCAUGCGAAAAGGGUUUACGACGAAAUUAUCAACCCUAGCUCAACUGCUGCAAACAGGCUCAUUGAUGGUCUGAUAUCAAUAGGAUGGACUGAAGUUGCUGAAAUGCUUUUCAACAGAAUGAUCAAUAGGGAUUCGGUAACGUAUAAUCUGAUGAUUAAAGCAUAUGCAUUGAGCGGUCGAAUCAAUGAAUCGAAAAAGGUUUUCGAUGAGAUGCCUGAAAGAACUAUAGCAUCGUCCAACACUAUGAUUUCUGUAUACUCUAGGAACGGAGAGCUAAACAAAGCUCUGAAACUCUUUGAAGAAACGAAACACGAAAGAAACCAAGUAACGUGGAAUGGCAUGAUUUCCGGUUACGUUCAUAACGAACUAUACGAAGAAGCACAACAACUCUAUCUAUCGAUGAUGAGAUUUGGAGUAAGACCAACGCGAUCUACAUUCUCGGUUCUGCUUCAUACUUGUUCAGUCCUGGGUGUCAUCCAGCUAGGACAACUACUUCAUGGAUAUGUUAUUAAAACAUCGUUGGAAUCAAAUGUUUUCGUCGGGACGGCUAUAGUCGACAUGUAUUCAAAAUGUGGCAGCAUUUCCGACGCGGAAAGAUCGUUUUUCUCGAUCUAUUCCCCUAAUGUGGCUGCUUGGACAGCUCUGAUAAAUGGAUAUGCACAUCACGGGCUUUCUAAACAGGCGCGGUUACACUUUAACCUAAUGUUGAAACAAGGGGUACGUCCGAAUGGAGCGACUUUCGUUGGGAUUUUGACAGCUUGUGGACGGGCUGGCUUGGUGGAAGAAGGAAUGAUGUAUUUUGAUUCAAUGAAACAAGUUUAUGAAGUGAUCCCGGGAAUUGAACAUUAUACAUGUGUGGUGGAUCUUCUUGGUCGAUCGGGGAAUCUUGAAGCAGCCGAGAGGAUUAUUAGACAGAUGCCUAUGGAACCGGAUAAUGUGGUUUUGGGGGCGUUGCUUAAUGGUUGUUGGUUUUGGAUGGAUAUGGAAAUGGGUGAAAGAGUGGCGGAGGAAAUGAUUCGAUUGGAUCGAAAAUCUGUAUUUGCUUACGUUAUUUUGUCUAAUAUUUACGCGGGUUUAGGCAAAUGGGAAGCGAAGACGAAACUUAGGAAGAGUUUGAGGAAAAUGGAAAUGAAGAAGGAGAUUGGUUGUAGUUGGAUUGAAGUGAACCAUGGAGUUCAUAUGUUCUUGGUUCAAGAUAGUAGUCACCCAAAUAGAAACAUGAUCUUUACAACUUUAGAUCAUUUGAUGGCAAAUGUAAGUCCUGAAAUUUGAUUCUUGUUUAGUAAUUAAUUGCC